AUGUCUGCCGUGGCAAAGGGCUCCCCCAAGGUGGGAUCAAAGACUGGCUCCCCCGCCAAGCUCCGCAAGGUCUCCGGCUCCAGUGCGCCGUCCAAAGCUGGCUCCGACAGCCCAGCUCAGACCGUGAAGAACGUCAAGGAAACCCCCAGCAAGCAGGUGAAGAAGACCCCCCGCAAGCUCACACCCAAGGCGCCCCAGUCCAUCCAAGAAGAUACUGCCGACGACGUUUCCGUCCCCGAGACUCCCUCGCCCAAGUCCAAGAAGAAGAAGGCGCCUCUCGCUGAGCAGCGUCGCCCCAGCUCACAGCCCGACGAUGUGGCUUCUCAAGCAUCCGGGUCCGCCGCUCCCUUGAAGAAGUCCGCCUCCGGCCUGACCAAGAAGGCAAAGAGUCUGACCGGCAAGGCCAAGGAUACGGCUCAGGAGACUACUGAGCAGGUCUCCAACACCGCUCAGGACACCGCCAGCCAGGCCAAGGAGACAGCCUCCAAGGGCGCGGAGGGUGUCACAGACAACCUUCCUUUGGAUCUCUCUGCCCUCAAGGGUCUAGAGGUCGCUGAUGGCGGCAAGAUUCUCGGCAAGGACGGCAACCCCCUGGGUGAGGUCGUCGAGGGUGACCCCGAAGACCUCGUUGGUCAGACCGUCGGCGAUGACGGUGAGAUCUUCGACGAGGAUGGAGAUCUCAUUGGACGUGUCGAUCUUCUUCAGAACGCCCAGGAGCAGACCAAGAAUGUUCCCGGUGUUGAAGACGCAGCCGGCCAGGUCAAGGACGCGGCCGAGAACGCUACCAACAGCCUUCCACUCGAUCUCUCUGCCCUCAAGGGUCUUGAGGUUGCCGAUGGCGGCAAGAUCCUUGGCAAGGACGGCAACCCCCUGGGUGAGGUCGUCGAGGGUGACCCCGAAGACCUCGUUGGUCAGACUGUCGGCGACGACGGAGAGAUCUUCGACGAGGAUGGUGAUCUGAUCGGUCGGGUCGAUAUCCUCGAUAAUCUGAAGCAGCAGAACGGCGGUCUUCCCGAUACCGACGACGUGGCUGACAAGGCUAAGGAUGCUGCGUCUAAGGGUGCAGAGGGUGUCACCAACAAUCUCCCCCUGGACCUCUCCGCCCUCAAGGGUCUUGAAGUCGCCGACGGUGGCAUGAUUCUCGGCAAGGACGGAAACCCUCUCGGCAAGGUUGUAGAGGGUGACCCUGAAGACCUCGUUGGCCAGACCGUUGGCGAAGAUGGAGAGAUCUUCGACGAGGACGGAGACCUGAUUGGCCGUGUGGAUAUCCUUCACGACCUUGAGGAUCAGGCCAACAGUGUCGCCGACGAUGCCCAAUCCAAGGCCAGCGGAGCCAAGAAUGUUAUCACUGAUCUGGCUCAGCUCGAAGGCCUGCCCGUUUCGGACGGUGGUGUGAUCAAGAACUCCGCCGGUCAAAUUGUGGGCAAGAUCGUCGAAGGUGAUCCUGAAGACCUGAUCGGAUACACUCUCAAUGACGACGGUGAAGUUGUUGACGAUGAUGGUGACGCCAUCGGCCGUGUCGAGUUGCUGCCCGUUGAGGAGCAGGAGAAGAACUUGAAUGAUGGCCUCGACAAUGCCACCGAGCAGGCUGAUGAGGAAGAGGACGAGGAGGACGACGACGAGGAUUACGAAGAUGCCAAGGACAACGUCCCCCACGACAAGGCCCAAAAGGCUGCCGGUAGCGUCGCAGGCAAGACCAGCAAGGCUGCUGGCAGUGUCGCCAGCAAGGCCAGCAAGUCCAGCAAGACGGCCGGUAGCGCCGCAAGCAAGCCCAGCAAGGUGGCCGAAGACGUCGAGGGCGCUGCUGACAGCGUCGCUGAUGAUGCAGAGGAUGCUGUCGACGACGCAGAGGAUGCUGCCGACGCUGUACCGGGCGCCGACAAGGCAAAGGAGACUGCUGAAGAUGCUGCUGAAGAAGCUGACGACGCUGCCUCGGAUGUUGAUGGUGAGGGAGCUGUCGACACCGCCAAGGACGGCGUGGAAGGUGCCGCUGACAAGGCUGAAGAUGCCGCUGGUGAAGCUGAAGAUGCUGCCGACGAAGCUGCCGAAGCUGCCCCUGAUGUUGACGAGGCAAAGGAGACUACCGAGGACGCCGUCGACGGCGCGCAAGAAGCUGCCGACGGCGCAGCUGAUGAGGCGGAAGAAGAGGUCGAAGAAGGAAUGCGUAUUCCUGAUAUCGACACCCUGGAGGGUCUGACUUGCAACAAGCGUGGCUAUGUCAUUGACCCCAACACCAAUAAGCCCAUUGGCGAGCUGAUUGAAGGUGACGCCAAGAAGAUUUCCCGACUGAAGGCGAAGCUGGACGAGAAGGGCCAGUUCUGGGACAACCGGGGUAAUGUGAUCGGCAAGGUCAAGGCGCUUCCAGUUGAAGACGGCGAUGACGAGGAAGGACCUUUCGCCGGCCUUGAGGGUCUUGUCGUUGCUGAGGAAGGCUGGGUUGUCGACGAGAACCAAACCCGAGUGGGCAAGCUUGUCGAGGGCGACGCAAAGAAGCUGCUUGGUCGCGGAGUGGAUGAGGAUGGCGAGAUUCUCGACCGCAAUGGCAGCGUCAUCGGACGCGCCGAGCGUUACGACGAGCCCGAGCCGAGCCCGAGCCGGAAGAGGUCAAGCCCGAUUUGUUACGUGAUCGGCGACGAGGGCUUCCCCAUUGCCCGCGUCGUUGAGGGCAACCCCAAGGAGCUCGCCGGCAAGAAGAUCUAUGACGGUGAGAUCUACGAUGGCAAGAAGCUCAUCGGUCGGGUUGAGUUGAUCCCAGAGGAUGAGCUAGAAAGCAAGCCUGAAGGCCCAUUCGCCGGCAUGGAAACCCUCUUUGUCAACAAGGAAGGAUUUGUCGAAGAUGAGGAUGGCACCAUCGUCGGUAAGCUCGUCGAGGGUGACGCCAAGAAGCUUCGAGGUCGCGCCGUCGACGAAGACGGUGAGAUCACCGACAAGUACGGCAACGUAAAGGGCCGUGCUGAGCCCUACGAGCCCCCAGAGGAGGAGGCCCCCGAAGAGGCCGACCUUUCCCUGCUCGAGGGCAAGGUGGUGAACAAGUCCGGUAAGGUCGUUGACCCGGCCACCGGUGCCGUCUUCGGCCGUGUUGUCGAGGGUGGCAAGGGUCUGGCUGGUCGCAAGGUCGAUGGCAAAGGUCAAAUCUGGGGUGACAAUGGCCAGAUCAUUGGUCGUGCAGAGCUCAUCCCCGGCGCCGAGCAAGAUAAGGCUGAGGGUCCCUUCUAUGGAUUCGACAAUGCCGAGGUGGGCAAGGAUGGUGUUGUUGUCGAUUCCGGCCGCAUCAUUGGACGCCUCAUCGACGGCGACGCCAAGCGUCUUCUGGGCCGUAAGGUUGAUGAGGACGGUGAUGUUUUGGACAAGAACGGAAACACCAUUGGCAAGGCUGAGCGCUGGGAGCCCGAGGAGAAGAAGCGCGAUGUCAACCCCAUGUCUGGCCGCAAGGUCAACAAGGAGGGUGAAGUGCGUGAUGCUGAUGGUAACCUCAUCGGCAAGCUGACCUCUGGCAACCUGGCCACCCUGAUUGGCAAGGAGAUCGACGACAAUGGCUUCGUUGUCGACAACGACGGUAACCGUCUCGGCGAGUGCACUCUUCUGGAGAACAUCCCCGAGCCCGAGCCUGAAGAGCCCGAGGAGGAGGUGGAAGAGGAGGGUCCUAGUGCUGAGGAGCAGGAAGCUCAGGCCAAGGCCGAGCAGGACCGCCAGCUGGCUGAGAAGAUGAUCACCAUCAUGCGCCAGACUCUUGACCAGGUCAAGCCUGUUUGCAAGCAGAUCACCGACCUCGUUGAGAAGGCCGAUCGCACCCCCAAGGAUGAACUGGAUGAGGAGAAGCUGGUCAAGGACGUGAAGCCCUUGCUCGAGGAGGGAGGUCGCAUUCUCCAAGAGUGCAACGGCUCCAUCCGCGCUCUCGAUCCGGAUGGCCGCAUCGCCGCUACCGCCAAGGCCCGCGCUGCUUCCCGCGAGGGCACCCCGGAAGAAUACCAGCUCGCUGACCUGCUCAAGGAGCUCACCGAGACGGUGGUCAAGACCAUUGACAACGGCAAGAAGCGCAUUGCCGACAUGCCUCAUGCCAAGAAGAAGCUCAACCCUCUGUGGGGUCUGCUUUCCGAGCCUCUGUUCCAGAUCAUCGCCGCUGUGGGACUGUUGCUGAACGGUGUGCUCACCUUGCUUGGCCGUCUUCUGGACGGACUUGGACUGGGUGGUUUGCUGAACAACGUUCUGGGCGGUCUUGGUCUAGACAAGCUUCUGGGUGGGCUUGGUUUGGGCAGUAUCACUGAUGCCCUGGGUCUGACUGGCAAGAAAUAA